UUAGGGGAUACUUGAAAACGUUGCACUGAUCCAAGCAAUCGGAUAAUAAGUAAAUUUUCAGUAUCUAAAAUUCUAACAUAAUGUACUGCAAGCUACGUCGUCUGGAUCUGCUCCGGAAUGGUCAGUUGUCGGACUGUGAACUGCAUGUCACGUAUGUGGACAAGUGCAAUAAGCGAUGUAGUCGCCAGUUCCAUGUCCACAAGCAAAUGCUGUCAUCCGCCUCGGAGGAAUUUCAACGCCUGAUCAAUGAUCCGGAUUUUGAGAGCAAUAGGCGUGUGAUCGUCGUGGAUGACGCUACUCCGGAUGCCUAUGAGGCACUGUUGCUCUAUAUUUACACCUAUGAGAUUUACAGUGCGAUAACCGUUGAGAUGUGCGCCGAGCUGAUUCACUUGGCCACCAAAUAUAAUAUGCCCGACUUUGUCGAUUGUUAUAUCGAGAAACUGGCAGAUCAGCAUUGGCCCAUGGGAACCGUGUUGAAAAUCUUUCAGCUGGCCAAUGAUCAUAAUAGACCGGCCAUCAUGAAAUUGGUGGGACAAAAGAUUGUGCCGAUUGCGACGCAGGUGCUCAAUGACAACUCCUUUCUGAGACUCAGUGUGGCGCAAUUAAAGGCACUGAUGAUCAUACUCAAAUCCCAGGGCACCAUUCCGGAAAGGCAGCUCCUGCUGGCCUUGAAGAAAUAUCAGAAAUGCAAUAAUUUGCAUUAUGGUAACAUGGCAUGUUUCCAGCAAUUUGUCGAGGUCACCAAUCUCUUUGGUGAUAUGCUCUUCGAGGUGGACGGCACAUUGGCUGUGGAUGGCAGGCAAGAUCCAGUAAAGAGAAAAAAUAUUGCAAGUCCAGAACCUGCAGCUGCUCCUCCACCAACGCCUAUGUCCCAAUCAGCUGCUGUAUCCGAUCCAUCCAUAUUUGUAAAUAACAUGGAUACCGAACCUGAGCAGCAGGAAACUGGAGAAGCUAAGGAAAUGAAUACAAAUGCAAGUCAAAGAAAUUCAUAACUGCCGUAAAGCGCAGUAUAUUUAUUUUAUUGAGUUAACUCAAAACUAUACGUGUAUAGAUUAUAGAUUAACUUUAAUCAAAUGGCUUAAACAAUAAAUACUACAUAAAUGUACCCAAAUAUCAGUGGAAAGAAACUAGCAAUCGCAACAAAUCUUAUAACAAUAAUAUAUAGGUCAACUAAUCAAAUUGUGGGAUGCCAUAAAAC